AUGGAUCAUCAAUCACAACAGAGUUGGCGUUCGGUCUAUAACGAGCCAUCCCAAUCCGAUCAUGCUAAACGUCAAUUUGAGCAACAGCUGAGCUCUCGAAUGCAAUCGCUUAAUUUCGAAGAACCAGCCAAGAUUUUUCGUGAUAAGCAUGGUGUGCAUCAAUUUGAAAACAUUACUCCAGAUGUAUCUAUGCCUGGUACACCUAUCCAUGAACGUCAACAACCACCACUUGAUCAACACCAUCAUCAUCAUCCUCAUUUGGCACCCGAGACGCCACGUUCCAUGACCAAUGCAAGUGGUGGCAGUAGUGGUGGUGGUAGCGCAAAUGAGCAAUUACCAAAAGAAUCAAGCAAAGCAUCUACACCAGAGCCAACAACAGCUGAUGUGCCCGUUGUGCAAGUAACAGAUGAUAGUAUUAAGAGCACAGUGGGUAGUACAAGUUAUCAACAACAACAACCACAAACCUCUCGACCCUCUUCACGUACGUCAACACCAUCACCGCCGGGAACACCGUCGCAGUUUGUGUUUAGUAAGCCCCGGUAUAACAACCGGUAUAUGCAAACACAUUUUCAUCAUCAACAACCUGGCACAUCCAAUACCAAAAAGAAAAAGGAUACCCUCCUCCAUGAUUUAAAACGGUUGAUCAAAAAGCCUGACAAGAACCUACGUGAUAAUGGAGCCCAACAAUCACCACCACCACCUGCACCAGAUGAUACCCUAAGUAUUGCUUCGAGUCGUCAUUCAGGACUUUCUUUUGCGAAUGAAUUUAAUACCGAUCUGGAAGCACGUUAUGGGAAAUGGGGACGCUUUGUUGGAAAGGGUGCGGGUGGAUCUGUACGAUUGAUUAGGCGCCAUACGGAUGGAAAAACAUUUGCCGUCAAGCAAUUUCGGAAACGAGCACCCAAUGAAAAUGAAAAACAAUACGUCAAAAAGGUGACAGCCGAGUUUUGCAUUGGAUCGACAUUACACAAUCUCAAUGUGAUUGAGACAUUGGAUAUGGUACGAGAAGGAUCAGCAUUUUACGAGAUCAUGGAAUAUGCGCCCAAUGAUUUGUUCAAUAUUGUCAUGAGCGGACAAAUGUCACGCGACGAGAUUGCUUGUUGUUGGCGUCAAAUGCUUCAAGGCGUAGCCUACCUACAUGGCAUCGGGAUAGCGCAUCGCGAUCUUAAGCUGGAUAAUAUUGUGCUUGACGAGCGUGGUAUUGUCAAGCUCAUUGAUUUUGGAUGUGCUACCGUAUUCAAAUACCCCUAUGACAAGAAUGUGCACCUAAGUAAAGGUAUCUCUGGCUCGGAUCCUUACAUUGCACCUGAACAAUUUAUUCAAAAACAAUACGAUGCACGUAAAGCUGAUAUUUGGAGUUGUGCGGUGAUUUACAUUUGCAUGGUCAUUCGUCGCUUCCCUUGGCGCAUUGCUCACCCAGCAAAAGAUCAAUCCUUCAAGAAUUUCCAAACUCCCAGUUCACGAGGUGCAGCUCGUCUUUUAGGCCUCUUGCCACGGCAAGCACGACCCGUCAUAGCACAAAUCCUUGAACCUGAUCCCCACUUACGUGCCCUUGUAAACCAAGUCUUAGAGGAUGAGUGGGUCCAAAGUAUUGAAACUUGCCAAGCCGAUCAACCGGGUAAAGAUCACGUGCAUCAUUUGCUCGUCAAACCUACCAGUCAAGAUGUCCUAUCACGUGGCAAUAUCGUAUUACUCAAGAGCUCAUCCAGUGGUGGGGGUAGUGUUAGCUCUGUAGCAGAUCAACAACAACAAAAACGGGAUUCGCCAUCAUCACAACAGUCUUCAACAAGACCUUCAACUACAACAUCAACUGCCCAUGUACAGAGUGGUGGCGUAAAGCAGCAGUAUCAGCGGUAG